AUGUCGUUGCAAAACCAACCUGACAUCAACACUCUGCUGCACAACAUGCGUGCACAGAUUUUGACAUUGACUAUGCAGCUUGCUGAGCUUCAGGCUACCCCAGCAGCUGCACCCUCGGUUGAGAAAAAAUUCAACAAAAAAGUCGAAAUUGUCGCUGACCCUGGUGCUUCCGAAGGAGACAGAGCGCGAUUCGCCGAAUGGUGGAUCAAACUACAAAUCUGGGUCAAGGCAAAUUGGGACGUGUUUGCCAACAAUUUUGAGGUAGCAACUGCUGAGUGCUACACAUCGGGAGUGUGGCCCACCUGGGACGAUCUCAAGAUAGAGAUCAAAAAAUAUUUCAAAUCCCAAGCUGAGCGUGACUGGGCGCGCCAGCAAAUCUGUACCUUCAAGCAAGGAAACAUGAGGACAGAUGACUUUGUUACCCGGUUCCUGGCCCUCUCUAUCCAAGGGGGUCUAGGUAAUGAACAUGCAGUAGAGCUGCUAGAACGCAAUGUGAACCCCCACAUUGCAGAACAGCUCUAUAUACAGGAUAUGAGGAGCAAGAACCUCUCUCAAGCAGCAGAGGGAAGGUGCCCUGGGUUAUCAAACCAAAACCAUAAUCACUCUCACGGGUUCAAGCCAUUCAGGCUGCAGCCAGGGCAGGGUGCCCCUAUGGAUAUCGGUGUGGUCCAAGGCGGACAGAUGCGCAGAUAG